CCGCCCAAAGCGAAAACCCGCUAGAAACCGCCUUCGACCCCCGCCACGCCCCCAGCACCAGCACCAGCACCGCCAUGCACCCCGCAGCUGAGCCGCCAAAAAAUUCCACCGCCGCCCAACAUCCUCCACCACAACCGCCGCCGCUAACUGACAUUGAAAUCAUCUCCCUCGCCCAUCAUCAUCACCAGCACAACCCCACCUCCCCCCAAGUGCCACCCUUCCUCCUCUCCGAAUCCUCACACCCAACCCUCCUCUCCUUCCUCCACUCACGGGCCUCCUCCUCUCUCAACUCUUCCUCGGCUGUCUUCGAUUAUGUCUCCUCCCUGCUUUCCCUCAUCUCCCGCCACCCCUCGUCCGGCCUAUCCUCUCUGGUUUCGGCUCUCCUACACUCUUAUCUCUGCCUCUUCAUUUCCCACAAAAUCCCACAUGACCACAAUUCUCUGGCCACUCUCCAGCAAUUCGUGGGUUACAUUGACAUGAUUGAAAUUAGAGAGAUACAGAAAGUAAUUGGUUUAAUCACAUCUUAUCUCCCCCAGAUUAACGAUUUGGAUGAUGCCCAUGUUUUGAUUCUCAUCCCUAAAUGCCUUGAAUUGGUUAGAAUCUCGAAUGAGGUUGAUAAGCCUGUAGAGUACGUGAACUCCGUUGUGGAUGCUUUGAUUAAAUGUGAAUGGAGUAAGGUUUUGUUGAUCAAAAUGGUGGAGAUUGUUAGGGAUUUUUCUUCAUGUAUCGAUAAGCUGAGGAGGAGGGAGUUUUUGGAAAAGAUUUUUGUGAAAAUGAGGAAUGAUGUUGAAAUGCAAGAUUUGCCCGGGUUGGUUUAUCAGUUAUUGGUGCUGGCAACAAAAGGGUUUGGCAAGAGAGAGGUGAUUGAAGGGAUUGUGUUGUAUUUUGGCUGUAUGAACAAGGGAGGUUCGGUAAUGAAGCAAGUAGAGGGGACAGUCUUGCUUCAUGUGAAUUUUGCGGUGAAGCAGGACCCUUCUCUGGGGCAGGAGGUUUUGGGUCUGGUGAGGUUGGAUUCGAGGGCUUUUAAUCAUUUUACUGUUGCGGUUUUGUUGUCGGUUGCCAGAAUUAGGAGGUUCGGCGAGACAGCAAUUGGUGUUCUGAAAUCGGCAUUAUUUAAUGCUUAUAAAGAUUAUAAGUUUGCAAAAGUCUGCAGAUGGUUAUCAGCUGAACUGUCGGAGGAAUAUCUGGAGAAUGCACGAGUAAUAGAAAAGGCUAUUCUUAAAGCUGUGAAUGCCAGCCAUUGUGGACGAGAACACAUUGUGCCUAGUAUAGUACAAUUAGGGUUUGGAUUGCUCGAAGGAGUAGAGGAAGGAAUCCAGAAAGAAAUCUCAAAGUCUGAUAGUCUGAUGGGUACUGAGGAGCUAGGUAUGCAGGUUCUGAAAUGUUUGUUUGAAGUGCACGACAUGUCAAGAAAUGAGAUAAUUGAGCAAUGCAAAUUCCGUGUCCUCUCCUUGAAGCCAGAGCAGUGCUUCCCCAUAACAAGAUUGCUUGGAUAUCUAGUCCUGGUUCAUCCGCGCUCAAUGUUGGAUCACGUAUCUCAUUUGAAAGAAAUGCUGGAUUAUUUUGCAUUUAUGGAUGAUAAAAUUUCCCCUCAUCUUGUUACUAUCUUACUUCCUCUCAUCAAGUUUAAAUGUGAUCUUCAGGAUUACACUAUAUUGGUUCUGCGGAAGGCUAUGUUUAGACGGGAAAAUGCAGUUCGUCUUGCUGCAAUUAGUGCCAUGUUCAACCUGAUUUUAGCAGAAAAACAAUCAAAAACAGAUGGACUUUUUUCUUUUCAAGAAUCAAGCAGCCAGGCAAGUUGCAGUCAGCACGCUGAAGUAUCUCAACCAACUAGGCCGGACCUUUUCCAAGAGCUUGGUGGUUUGCUGCAAAAAUGCCUUUAUCAGCAGGCAAAUGUCCGGCAGAAUUUAUAUCAUGGUUUAAUGAAGCUUGUUCUGGUGGAUCCACUAACUGCCAGCACCGUUUUUGAUUUUCUCCUGCCCCACUUCAAGAGAUUUUAUAGAGAGGAUGCAGAUGUUCAGUUGGGAAUUGAUCAAUGUGUGAAACUAGAAAAUGGUAGAUGUUAUAUUGUAGAGCCCCUGGACUGUCUUCUCUUUUGCAUCUCUUGGAUUCUUCUUCUUCAACCACAAAACAGAUCUGGCUAUCCUUCAGACUCGUGGGCUUGUUUUGGCUUCUCCAUCACUCAGGAAAAUGAGGCAGGGAGAACUUUUUCAGGAGAAUCAUUCUCCAAUUCUCUAGCACAGAUCCGGAAAUUUCUGAGGAAUGGAAAUUUGGAAGGCCUGCUGGGGAAAGAUCAAGAUUCAGGCUCUAGACCAAUGGAAAAAGAAAAGAGGAGAUACUCUGCUACACUAAUAUUGGGGAUUGUUGAGGUUGCGAUCAAUAUUAUUGUUGCUGAAUUGGAGAAAGCUGCUAAUACACAAAAAUUGGAGCUGGAAAGGGAGCUCUCUCAGUUUGUUGACAUUCAUGAGUUUGUUGAAAAAUAUACAUCUAAUUCUAGACAGGGCACUGGAGCUAAAAGAGCAACCAUACGAGCCAGUGUUAGUGAUACUGCUGAUAAACUUGCGUUAGGCGGCACCAAGUUGCCUCCGGAACGAACUCCUCUUUUGGCAACUUCAAGCAUCCAUCGGCUCUUGCAACUUGCAUUAGAGUUUGGAAACCUUGAUCCUAAGAAUGGUGCAGCCUCCCAGAUAAACAGCCAAAAUUCCUCUGGCAAGACUCUGGUUCUGAAUUCUAAAGUUCUUCCUUGCAUUCUACGUAUGUGUUUCCGUCAACUAAAGUUCUUCUCUUUUAUGGGGAAAGAUGAUCCAAUAAAGACAUUGAUUUAUGGUGAAAUUAAGCUUCUUGGGCCUGCAGUUCUUAAUAUAAUUUUGUCUCUCAAGCCAGUGGCGAAGCCUGGGACAGAUCUUAGUAAGAAAGAAGCAAAGGGAAGGAAAAAUAUUGAAGUUAUAAGGGAACAAAUUCAUUUGGCCUUGCUUUGCUUGAAGAAAUUAAUUGAGAUAAGCUUGUAUGAUGCAAAAUAUGUCAGUUUGAUCGAUGAUUUGGUCUCAGCCAGUGGAUCUGAAGAUGUAUCAACUGGUGUCAUGGAUGCUGGUUGCAAUGGUGAUUGUCAAUUAGCUGAAGGUAUUGAUGAUCAGAGCACAAGAAGCAAAGAGUUAUUAAUCAAGACGAUCAUAAAGCCACUACUUAUUGAGUUUCUUGAGUUUUCUUUCUUUAGCGAAGCUGAGAUUCUUUGUGACCUUGUACUGAUGAUUGGCAACAAAUUGCCUGAAGAAAGGAGGAACCUUGUUGGAUCCUGGGUAACAAGAAUCUGCAAAAGUAGUCAUGUAUCAAACUCAAAGGUUGCAAAAAGUUUGGUCUUUGCUGCUGUUACUUUAAGCUCACCACCUGCAGACUUGGAUGUCGCUCAAAAUAUGGCUGCUGAACUCCGACGAGUGGUAGGAUCAGAGGAUACCGAUCCCUUAGAUACAUCUGAAACCUUCCCUGUUAUAAAUAAAUCAACAGAUGCUGCAAUAGCUUCCACUAUAUUGCAGUCAGUUGAAUCAACCGUUGUUGAUAUGGAUUUGAUCACGAGAAGGCUGAAGACAUACUAUAUGGCUACUCAGAAAGGUGUUUCUUUUAAUCAGAUGCGCAAAGUGGCUCCAGAAUUAGCAAUGGAAGAAAUGCUAUAUUCAAGAGCAGAAGCAGUUGUGAAGGUCCUAUCAUAUUUUGUUGCAAUGAACCUUAAGGAUCCCCAAGCAGAACAUUUACUGAGAUUAGCAGCAAAAUUUUACAAGAAUUUAGCUCGAAUAUCGAAGUAUCGAAUUGCUCCAAAAGGAUGCAAGCAAGCUUUACCCAGUCUCAAGUACCAUAGGCUUGUGGAAAUCACUUGCAGGCAAUUAACAGCACCUGUUUAUAAUUUUGUGGCUCAUAUGCAAAAGAAUCAACAAGAAAGCAACAAACCUAGAAGAAUAGUCAAUAAAAUCAAAAGGGAAAACAAAUGCAUUCCUGACUUGAUCUUCCAGAUAGAAGACUAUGAAAAAUAUCUUAUCCAGCUUAGCAAGACAACCAAAGUCAAUUUGUUGAGACACGCCAAACGCAGCACCUCCAGGGACUUUAAAAUUCUAGAGCCAAGUGAAGAUACACUUGAAGAGCAAAAUCCGACUGAGGAAGCAGAUUGUGAUAAUUUAAAUGCUAUUGAAAAUAAAUCAUCAGAAGAGUCGGGUGAUGAAGGCGAAGAAACUGAUAGCAGCCAAUUGCCUAAAUCUGGCAGCCCAAUGGCUGCAGAGGAUACUGAGGAUGAGGAUGAAGCUGUCCUUCCUCAAGUAAAAAGAGCAAAAAUGAAUCGAGUUGUGCAGGACUCAUCGGAUGAGGAAUAGCAACAAUAGUCAUAGUAAAAUUCUUUGGACUAACUGAAAUGUUACAUAUACAUAUAUUACAUUCUCCAGGGCGUGUACGUUGAAACAGAUGGUUUACUGUGGCUGAUCCUAGUGUCUGAUCCUGAAAGUUUAAAUUAGAAUAGAACAUGUUCAUAUGUGCUGCAUAUGUAUAGGGAUUUAUAUCCACUGCGUGAAGGUUUUAACUACUAACAAAUACAAGA